GGGAAAGAGCUGUUCGAGUCUUGGCGUAUCGGCACACUUGGAACAAGGUUGUCUUGGAACACAUUUUGUACAACUUUUUCGUCGCACACGAACGCACACUAGAAACGCAAGAUGUCGCACGGCACCGAUUGGGCAGCCGACCCCGACUUCCAGUACCUGGCGGUGGACCGGAAGAAGCUGAUGAAGGAGACGCAGCCCUUCGACGGCAAGAAGUCAUGCUGGGUACCAGAUGCGAAGGAAGGCUUCGUCCGGGCCGAGAUCCAGUCCACAAAGGGAGAGGAGGUCACCGUGAAGAUCGACGUCAGCAACGACGUUAAGACGUUCAAGAAGGAUGACGUUCAACAGGUGAACCCGCCUAAGUUCGAAAUGACAGACGACAUGGCGAACAUGACGUACCUGAACGAGGCGUCAGUUCUUCACAACCUCAGGCAACGUUACUUCUCCGGGUUCAUCUACACGUACUCGGGCCUGUUCUGCGUGGCGGUGAACCCCUACCGCCGUCUCCCCAUCUACCUGGACAGCAUCAUCGGCAAGUACCGCGGCAAGAGGAAGCUCGAGAUGCCACCCCAUCUCUUCUCCGUCGCCGACAACGCCUACCAGUACAUGUUGCAAGAUCGCGAGAACCAGUCCAUGUUGAUCACAGGCGAGUCUGGUGCUGGUAAGACCGAGAACACGAAGAAGGUAAUUAUGUACUUUGCCAAGGUGGCGGCCCAGCUGCAGAAGUUGACGGAGGAGGAAAAGGCUCAACAGGAGAGCCACAAGAAGCAACAGCGAGGAACUCUUGAGGAUCAAAUUAUCCAGGCAAACCCCGUUCUUGAGGCGUAUGGAAACGCAAAAACAACCCGUAAUAACAACUCCUCGAGAUUCGGUAAAUUCAUCCGUAUCCACUUUGGGCCCACGGGAAAGAUUGCCGGAGCUGACAUCGAGUUUUAUCUGUUGGAAAAAUCCCGCGUGACCUUCCAACAGCCGGCAGAGCGGAACUACCACAUUUUCUACCAGCUCCUCUCCCCCGCAUGCCCCAAGUACCACGAGUUGUGUCUGGUGUCGCCGGAUCCCGGUCUCUACAGCUUUAUCAACCAGGGUGUGCUCACCGUUGACGGCAUCGAUGACGUCGAGGAAAUGAAGAUCACUGACGAAGCCUUCGACAUUCUGGGCUUCACAAACGAGGAGAAGACGAGCAUGUUUAAGUGCACGGCCGCCAUCUUGCACUUCGGAGAGAUGAAGUUCAAGCAGAGACCGCGUGAGGAACAGGCCGAACCGGAUGGAACCGCAGAGGCCGAGAAGGUGUCCUUCCUGCUGGGCAUCAACGCCGGCGACUUGAUUAAGGGUCUCCUGAAGCCAAAGAUCAAGGUCGGUAACGAGUUCGUCACCCAGGGCCGCAACAAGGACCAAGUGGUCUACUCCGUGAGCGCCCUCGCCAAGUCCUUGUACAACCGCAUGUUCGACUGGCUCGUCAAGAGAGUCAACAAGACCCUCGACACCAAGGCCAAGAGAAACUAUUUCAUUGGUGUGCUGGAUAUUGCUGGUUUCGAAAUUUUUGACUUCAACAGUUUUGAGCAGCUGUGCAUCAACUACACGAACGAGCGGCUGCAGCAGUUCUUCAAUCACCACAUGUUCAUCCUGGAGCAGGAGGAAUACAAGAAGGAGGGCAUCCAGUGGGAGUUUAUCGACUUCGGCAUGGAUCUGCAGGCCACCAUUGACCUCAUUGAGAAGCCGAUGGGCAUCCUGUCAAUCCUGGAGGAGGAGUGCAUGUUCCCUAAGGCGUCCGAUAAGACUUUCUUGGAGAAGCUCUACACCAACCACCUCGGCAAGUCCAACAACUUCCAGAAGCCCACCCGCUCUCGGAAGGGAGGCGCUGACGCCCACUUCGAGUUGGGCCACUACGCUGGCGCUGUACCGUACAACAUCAACGGAUGGCUGGACAAGAACAAGGACCCCCUGAACGAGACCGUGGUGGCUCUCCUCGAGCAAUCCAAGGAAUCCCUUGUGUCCGCCCUAUUCGCCUCCCCGGCAGCUGGUGACGGUGACGUGAAACGAAAGCAAAAAUCAUCUGCUUUCCAGACUAUUUCUGCCACACACAAAGAGUCCUUAACGAAACUCAUGAAGAACUUGUACACCACCCACCCCCACUUUGUCCGUUGUAUUAUUCCCAACGAGACAAAGACGCCAGGUGUCAUCGAUGCUCCGUUGGUGCUGAACCAGCUGCAGUGUAACGGUGUACUGGAAGGUAUCCGUAUCUGCAGGAAGGUUCCCAACAGGAUCAUCUACUCCGAGUUCAAGCAGAGAUACUCCAUCCUGGCCCCUAAUGCCAUCCCCCAGGGCUUCGUUGACGGCAAGCAGGUGACCGACAAGAUCCUGACGGCCCUCCAGAUGGACCCUAACGAGUACCGCCUCGGCUCCACCAAAGUCUUCUUCAAAGCCGGCGUCCUGGGUAUGCUGGAGGACAUGCGCGACGAGCGCCUCUCCAAGAUCAUCUCCCUCUUCCAGGCGCACAUCCGGGGCUACCUCAUGCGCAGGCAGUACAAGAAGCUGCAGGACCAGAGGGUUGGCUUGUCCGUCAUUCAGAGAAACAUCCGGAAGUGGUUGAUCCUGAAGAACUGGCAGUGGUGGAAACUGUACACCAAGGUCAAGCCUCUGCUCAACAUCGCCCGCGCUGAAGACGAGAUGAAGAAGAAGGAAGAAGAGCUGGAGAAGACUAAGGCUGAACUGGCAAAGAUUGAGAAGAUCAAGAAAGAACUGGAGGAGCAGAACGUUACCCUGCUGCAGCAAAAGAACGAUAUGUACCUGCAGUUGCAGGCGGAACAAGACACCUUGAUUGAUGCCGAGGAGAAGAUUGAACGUCUAAUCAGACAGAAGGCCGACUUCGAGGGCCAGCUAAAAGAUCUUGAAGAUAGGCUUUUGGACGAGGAAGACGCCGCUGCUGAGCUUGAGUCCAUCAAGAAGAAGAUGGAGGCCGAGACGGCUGACCUGAAGAAAGAUAUUGAAGAUCUGGAGACCUCCCUCGCUAAGGCUGAGUCUGAGAAAAAUACUAAAGACAAUCAGAUUAGAACUCUUCAGGAUGAGAUGGCCCAGCAGGACGAGCAGAUCGCCAAACUGAGCAAGGGCAUGAAGGGCAUUGAUGAAACCCUGAAGAAAACGCAAGAAGCUCUUCAGGCCGAAGAGGAUAAGGUUAACCACCUGACAAAGCUGAAGGGCAAACUGGAGGCAACUCUUGAUGAGCUUGAAGACAACCUUGAGCGCGAGAAGAAGGUGCGCGCUGAUGUCGAAAAGGCCAAGAAGAAAGUGGAGCAGGAUCUGAAGACUACACAAGAGGCUGUAGAGGACCUUGAGCGCGUCAAGAGGGACCUCGAGGAGAACGUCAGGAGGAAAGACAUCGAGCUGAAGAAUGUCCACGCUAAACUGGAGGACGAACAGAGUCUGGUCGCCCAGCUGCAGAGAAAGAUCAAGGAGCUCCAGGCCCGCAUUGAAGAGCUGGAGGAGGAAUUAGAGGCGGAACGCGCUGCUCGAGCCAAGGUCGAGAAGCAGAGGGCGGACAUCAACCGGGAGCUCGAGGAACUCCAUGAGCGUCUGGACGAGGCGGGCGGCGCCACCGCUGCGCAGCUCGAGCUCAACAAGAAGCGCGAACAGGAGCUGCUCAAGCUCCGCCGUGACCUCGAGGAGUCGAGUCUGCAGCAUGAGGGACAGAUCGCGGCGCUCAGGAAGAAGACGCAGGACGCCUCCAAUGAGAUGGCCGAUCAGAUCGACCAGCUGCAGAAAGUCAAAGCCAAGGUAGAGAAGGAGAAACAAACGAUGCGAAGUGAGAUCGAUGACCUACACGCACAAAUCGAGCACGUGUCCAAGAACAAAGGCAUGUCCGAGAAAAUGUCAAAGCAAGUCGAGGCACAGAUCGCCGACCUGAACGCACGCCUCGAGGAGAGCGCCCGGGCGAUCCAGGAGCACCUGAGCUCCAAGGCGCGCCUCCAGGCGGAGAACGCCGACCAGCAGAGGCAGAUAGAGGACGCCGAGAGCAAGGCCAGUGCCCUGAGCAAGGAGCGACAGGCGCUGCUCCAGCAGCUCGAGGACGCCAAGCGCGCGCUUGAAGAAGAGACCAGGGCUCGCCAGAAGCUGCAGAGCGACAUCCGCAGCCUCCAGUCAGAGAUCGACAACCUACGCGAGCAGUUGGAGGAGGAACAGGAGUCCAAGGCGGACCUGCUGCGACAGUUGUCCCGCGCCAACGCCGAGGCGCAACAGUGGCGCACCAAGUACGAGAGCGAGGGCAUGGCGCGGGCCGAGGAGCUCGAAGAGGCGAAACGCAAGCUGCAGAUCAAACUGCAGGAAGCGGAACAAGCCGCCGAGACCGCCAACGCCAAGGUCAGCCAACUGGAGAAAACGAAGGCCAGACUGCAGGGCGAGAUGGAGGAUCUGAUGGUCGAUGUGGAGAGGUCGAACGCCAACGCGACCAUGCUGGAAAAGAAGCAGCGAAACUUUGACAAGACGGUCGCCGAGUGGGAGGCGCGCGUGCGAGACCUGCAGGGAGAGCUUGAGAACGCUCAGAAGGAGGCACGCAGCUACUCUGCCGAGCUGUACCGCACUAAGGCGCAGUUUGAGGAGUCCAACGACAACAUCGAGUCACUCAAGAGGGAGAACAAAAACCUAGCUGAUGAAAUCCACGAUCUGACCGACCAGCUCACCGAGGGCGGCAGAAGCGUCCACGAGGUAGAGAAGAUCCGCCGCCGUCUCGAGAUGGAGAAAGAGGAACUCCAGGCCGCCCUGGAGGAGGCUGAGUCCGCGCUCGAACAGGAGGAGGCAAAGGUGGCGCGCUCGCAACUCGAGAUCGCCGCCAUCCGCCAGGAGAUCGACCGGAGGAUCGCGGAGAAGGAAGAAGAAUUCGAGAACACAAGGCGCAACCACCAGAGGUCGAUGGAUUCUAUGAACGCCAGUCUGGAAGCUGAGGCUAAGGGUAAGGCGGAGGCUUUAAGAAUCCGCAAAAAGCUCGAGCAGGAUAUCAAUGAACUCGAGGUUGCUCUUGACGGCGCUAACAGACUUAGAGCCGAUAUGGAGAAGAAUAACAAGCGUCUUAUGGAGCAGUGCAGGGAGCUGCAAACCACCAUUGAGGAGGAGCAGAGGAACGUGAGCGAGGCCAGGGAGGCGUACAACAUGGCUGAACGCCGCGUAGCCGUCGUGCAGGGUGAAUGCGACGAGCUCCGCUCCGCUCUCGAAUCCGCGGAGAGAGGCCGCAAGGCCGCUGAGAACGAGCUCAUGGACGCCAACGACCGUCUGAAUGAGCUCUCCGCCCAGGUACAGUCGCUGGGAGGCCAAAAGAGGAAGCUGGAGGGAGACAUCGGUGCCAUGCAGGGCGACCUCGAGGAGAUGAGUAACGAAGUGAGGGGUGCCGACGAAAGGGCCAAGAAAGCCAUCGCCGAUGCCGCCCGCCUGGCCGACGAAUUGCGUGCCGAGCAAGACCACGGACAACAGAUUGAGAAGAUGCGCAAGGCUCUGGAGGCCCAGAUCAAGGACAUGACGGUGCGUCUCGACGAGGCGGAGGCCCAGGCGCUCAAGGGAGGCAAGAAGAUGAUUGCCAAAUUGGAACAAAGGGUGCGUGAGUUGGAAACUGAGUACGACAGCGAACAGAGGCGCCACGCUGAGACCCAGAAGAACAUGCGCAAGGCGGACAGGCGCAUGAAGGAGCUGGCGUUCCAGGCCGACGAGGACAAGAAGAAUCAAGAGCGGCUCCAGGAGCUCAUCGACAAACUACAGAACAAGAUCAAGACCUACAAGCGACAAGUGGAGGAGGCUGAGGAAGUUGCGGCCAUUAACCUUGCCAAGUACAGGAAGGUUCAGACGGAACUCGAGGACGCCGAGGAGCGCGCCGACUCCGCCGAGGGAUCGCUGCAGAAACUGCGCGUGAAAAACCGCAGCACCGUCUCCACAAACCGAACGAGCGCGAGCCCAGGGGGCGCUACUCUUGGAACCCUGUCACCCUACCAUCGCACUUCUGUUACAAGAGCGUCAAACUCUGCGCUGAAUACUUCUUACAGAUCGUCCGUUUUGGGUGAUGAUGACGGCUAUUAAAUUCUCGGACUAUUUUACUGUACCAGUAAAAGAAAAUAUGUGGCCAUAUUUGAAUGAGUGAACGUUUACGUGUUAGGCCUUAAAUAUAGCUAGUUUGGAAUAUACAUUAUUUGUAUUAUGUUGUUGUGUAUUAGUGUUCCAAGCGGAUUUCAUGUUUGAAUCCAGACGUCUAACAAUCGGUAUUCGAACUAUUUUAAAUCCAAGACAACGCUAUGUAAAUACCCGGUAAAACUGAUGUUAGAUUGUUUAGAUUCACAACACGAGCCGUUUGAGACCCGAGUGUUUGGUAAAUUAUGAGUCUUAACUAGCUAUUUACUCUUUAUUUGUGUGAAAUGUUAUAUCAUCUCUAAAUAUAGACAUUCUCGAUAGUAUUUAUUCUCUUAUUGAGACUUUAAUAGACGUCAUCGCUUCGACAUUUGACCUCGGUAGCUAUUUUCCCCGGAAUAGCCCCCUUGGUUAUGAAUGAUCCCUAAAUGGGCCCGUAUAUAGUCGGUUUUCUAGUGUGAUUUGUGUGGCAUUAUUUAUUCUAAGUUUGUCUUACACGUCUUUGUUACAAAAUAACUUUCAGAUGAUAAAUUGCAUUAUGAUUGAA